AUGGCCUCCCAUCCAGCCCGCCCCCCAGCACCUCUCCGCCUCCGCGAACAAGACCUAGCAGACCACGUGGCUGUAGUAACGGGCGGCAGUCGAGGCAUCGGACGAGCCAUAGUGCUGAAUCUGGCCAGUCGCGGGUGUUGUGUAGUGGCCACCUGUUCCAGCCCAGAGUCCUUACACCACAUCGAUACCAUAUCUCACUCCGUUGAGGAGAUAUAUCGAAACAACCCUCACAAGCACGCAAAGCCGAAAAUUGUGGGCAUAGCAGCUAAUCUACUGGAUAAUGAGACACCAGCUCUGAUAGCAAAUACGUUGCAGCGGCAUUUUGUUGGCCAUCUGGAUGUCUUCAUCAACAAUGCCUGUUUCGCGUCUGCGAUGGGGAUAGGAAAGUUGACGGACGAGCACAUCGCAGACAACUUGAAAGCGAAUAUUGAGACGCCUGUCAAGAUGAUCGAAGAAUGUGUCAAGAGGCAGCUCUUUCGCCCCAACUCCAGGAUCGUUUCAAUCUCGUCUGUGCGGGCGAGGAAAGGAUGGAGCCAGCAAAUCAUGUACAUGGCCACAAAAUCCGCCCUCGAAGCCGCGACACGCAGCUGGGCUGAUGCAUUCGGUGGCAAGAACCCCGAGUUUGCCUUCAUGGCUGGGACCACGGCGAAUACUGUAAUGGUCGGACUCACGCGAACAGACGCUGUCUACAAUAACGGUAUCCCGGAGGAGGUGGUCAAGACUUUUGAGGACGAGUUCGUACCGCACCAGGGGAUUCCGAGGGUGGGAUGGCCGGAGGAUGUGGCGGAUGUGGUUGGGCUGUUGUGCAGGGAGGAGAGUAGGUGGAUUACCGGAAGUGUGGUUGGGGCGGACGGUGGAGGGAUUAGCAUUCUUUAG